GCAACUUCACACACCACACCAUAGUGAGAAAAAACAAAACCAAAACCAAAAAAGAAAUGCUUUCUUUCCCUCCCUUAGCUUUAAUCAGUGUAGAGUAACCCUAACGAAUCAAUUGUUCCACCCAGUUACCAUUUUCUUCCACAUUGUCCCCUUCUUUUCUCUGCCUUGUCACAGUCUCUUUUUAUUAUCUCUGCUAAUACACUACUCAACACUAUUAUUUUUGUUUUGAAUUUUUUUUUUCAAUUGUCAUCGACAGUGAAACAAGUCUGCUUUUUGUCUCUUUCUCUGUGACCCCCUUUCACUCUCUACAUUCCUCCAAAUUUGUCUUCAACUUGCACGCGCCUCUUCUCUCAGCAACUGAUAGAUAGAAUCAUGGCUUCCAAUCUAAAGACCCCAUCUCUUCAGCACUCUCUCAGACGCCUCGUACUGUUUCUCUGAUCCAUCAAGGGAGAAGGAAAAAAAAAUGAAGGACUUUCCUUCAUGCUUCGGUGAAAAUGCAGUUCAGGUUGCGGAUUCUUCAUCUUCAAACGCCAGCAAGGCUUCACAGAAUCUGGUUAUCUGCGUUUACCAAUGCAGGAUAAGAGGUAGGUGCUGCUUCAUAACCAUCACGUGGAGUAAGAGCUUGAUGGGGCAAGGGCUUAGCGUUGGGAUAGAUGAUUCUUCAAAUCAGUGUCUGUGUAAGGUGGAUAUCAAACCCUGGGUGUUCUCCAAGAGGAGGGGUUGUAAGAGUCUAGAGGCUUAUUCUUGUAAGGUUGAUGUGUAUUGGGAUCUUUCUUCUGCUAGAUUUGGUGUUGGUCCUGAACCGUUGGAGGGUUUUUAUGUAGGAGUAGUUGUAGAUCGGCAAAUGGUUCUCCUCCUUGGAGAUUUGAGGAAAGAGGCUUUCAAGAAAUCCGGUGCCAUCCCAUUACCCUCUAAUGCUGUGUUUGUUGCUAAGAAGGAACAUGUUUUUGGUAAGAAGUUGUUUGGCAACAAGGCUGUGUUUUGUGACAAUGGUCAGAUUCAUGAUCUUGUCAUAGAAUGUGACACUUCAGGGGUGUCUGAUCCGUGCCUUGUAAUUCGAAUAGAUAGUAAAACGGUGAUGCAGGUGAAGCGGCUGAAGUGGAAGUUUAGAGGGAAUCAUACCAUCUUGGUGGAUGGCCUUGCAGUGGAAGUUUUCUGGGAUGUUUAUAAUUGGCUCUUUGGUACUUCGCUCGGAAAUGCUGUCUUUAUGUUCAGAACAUGCAUCUCCGAGGAAAAAUUGUGGGCUGGUCAACCCCUUUCUGAUGCAAAUGUGGUGCAGUGGUCGUUCUCUCAGAGGUUUUCUGAUACCAAGUCGCAAGGUCUUGGCUUCUCACAUAUUUUAUACGCGUGGAAGAACGACUAGAUUUGUGGAAAUCCACCAUACUAACAGACCUCUUAGUGAGUUGAUAUUUAUCAAGGAUGCGACUGUUUUACUCUUGAAAUUAAAGAUGAGUACUUUUGCUUGUACCGUUUCCACUCUUAAAUUUAUACCCUCAAUAUAUCUGUGCAUUUGAACAGAUCAUGGACAUUAUUUUUUACUCCAAUUGGCUGUAUAUUUAUCUUCAAAUGUUAAUUUUAUGAUAUCUAUAUUACAAAAAAAUUAUUCUACAGUUUGUUCUAUGUUACUCAAGUACAUAUUCUCUGAAUUUCUUUUAUCAGUAAUAUAUACCUGAUAUUCCCUAGAUUCAUGUUGUCAUAUAUUUUUAUCCUUUUGCAUUGAGAAUUCAUCUUAUCAAAACAUGAGGAAGGACCUUCAAACUAGUAAUGUCCAAUAACUAAGAAGAUACUGUAGCAGUUUCUUAACCAAAAGUUUGAUAUAGCAGGGGAAGCUGCGGCUGAAGAGGAAGGUAACAUGUAUGAGAGAAAAAUUGCUCAAUGAUUUAGAAUGAUUUGUCGAUUUGUUAUGUUUCAUAAAAGGAGUCCAUGGAUUCCUUGUUGUAUAGAGCUUUUACUAUGUUUCAAGAAACUAAGAUCGUGAAACUAUUAUCAGGGCGUG